UGUCUCUACCAUAGUUGACACUUUUACCAAUGGUAUUUAAAUUGUUUCCAUGUGAAAAGCAGCAUCUUUGAACCUGAGAACAACAAAAAAAAAUUGAUGAUAAACAAGGAAAAGAAAAAAAAAGAAAACAAUUAAUACAAAAUCAGUGUUUUUUCUUCUAAUCAACAAUUAAGUUAUGGAAUGGGGAGGAAAAACGAUUCCGUUCAACCAACAAUAAUCACCACCAAAUGGAAACCAUGGAGAGUUGAUUUGUUCCCAUUGGGAAAACCAUUAUCAUCAAGAUCUAAUUUGGUUAAAUUUGGAUCAGCUGUUAGUGUGGUAACUGUUGGUCUUUUAAGUAAAUUAUGGACCAAAUUAAAUAGAUUUACCAUAGUUAACCAUGAUUCUUUUCUAAAAGCAGCGGAAAGUAAUUAUAAUGGUUCAUCUGGUUCACCUUUAUUAACCAUUUCCAAUCAUUCAUCAUGUUUAGAUGAUCCAGUUUUAUGGGGAGCAUUGUUACCUUGGUCUUGGCAGUUUAAUAUGUAUCGACAUCGGUGGGUUUCCGCUGCGGAUGAUAUUUGUUUCACCAAAACUUGGCAUACUUGGUUCUUUGCCACUGGUAAUACAUUUCCAAUUGAAAGAGGAUCCGGAAUCUAUCAGCCAGCCAUUGAUUUUGCUGUUCAAUUGUUGAAGGAGAAAAGGUUGUUACAUUGGUUCCCUCAGGGUAGAGUUGCUGAAGAAUCUGAUAUCUCCCUGUUACCUUGUGAUUCUCAUACUCCACUUACCUUGAGUGAUAAAACUGUUGAUGGUGUUAAACCUUAUCAUUUUAAAUGGGGCAUUGGUCGGCUAAUUUUAGAGGCACUGGAAACACCCGAUAAAGAAAAUGGAACCGCAAUUGAGAAAAUUGAAGUAUUACCUUUCUAUCAUAUUGGUAUGAAUGAGAUUCUACCUAAUGUUGAACCUUAUAUUCCAAGGAUUAUGAAACGAGUAACAAUUUAUAUUCGGAAAGAGGGUCCGAUUAUAUUUGAUCGUGAUUUGAUUAACUGGAUUUAUGAGAAACACGGAAAAUUAAAAUCAAAUCAAAUUCUUGAGGAGAAAAGAAUUGCUAUUAGUAAGUUUUUGGAAGAUGAAGUGAAAAAGAUCAAAUUGGAAGCCAUGAAAGUCCAUUGGGUAGUUUGAAGAAGUUAAUUGUUUAUUCAUCUGUGCUUAAUGCCGAGCAUUUUAUUCAAAUUAAUCAAUCAAACAAACAAAUAAUUUAAUAGUUAACAAGAGAUGAAUCAACAAACAGACGAAACAUCAACUUGAAUCAAUAUGACAAUGAGAAAACUCGGAGUUUUUUUCUGUUUUUCUUAUUAUUUGCUCAAAAUAAAUGCAAUUUUCAUGCUAA